ACAAAGGAACUUCCUUGUUCAAAUUUCUAUAUAAAUGACUACUCUCACGAUCAGUCAGUGAACUUCAUCCGCAGCUAUUAGAGAAGAGUGGGUCUCAUCUGCUCCGAAGGAUCUUCACUUCAAGAUAAUGACUAAAGAAAUCAAUUCCAUUUUGCUGUUGCUGUUUAUUUCCUUUUUCAUACAACCACAAAGCGGACUAGCCUUUCUAGGCUUAGGCUACACACAUUUGGAAGACUGGCAGGGUUAUGCAAGCUACGAAGAAUACCUGAGGCAUCAUUUCGGUAUAUAUUCAAAAGAAUAUUUGGAAAGAUUGAGCAGUGGCAAUCACAAUGGAGAAGAUUUCCACAUUUCCAAUUUGAACAUUCCGACCGUUGAACACAAUCUUCAUAAAAAAUCUAAACUACGAGGUGGUAUCUUCCGCAGGCUUUUCCGAGGACAUCAUCGGAACAUGGGUGGAGGCAUCAGAAGCUGGUUUGCACCGACGACUCAAGCGCCUGCAAUGAAAAAAAAUGUUACUGAUAGUAUGGCUAAAGUUCCACGAAUGACAGCACCGUCAACGAAACCCAUGAUAACAACAACGAAAAUACCUUUUAUGAUGAAACAUGCAGGAAAUAUGAUGAAAGAUUCACAGCUACCAGUGGUUCAAGUUUAUGUUAUUACAAGUGGAAACGGAAAGAGCCGUACAAGUAUAGGAGGACAUCACCACAUAUCAACUCAACCUACUUAUGGAUGGCUUCAAAAUACAUACAAAGGUAUCUCCCACCUUUCCUUUUCUGGAGAUCCAGAAAUUUUCAAAAGAGGUUAUAUAGCCACAAAGCAGUCUGAUGACUACAGACCUCUUCGUAUUUCUCCUCGAGGUGGUAGGAUUAAUAAAGGAUCACAUGUGAGUUUUGGACCAGGAUUUAAUGCGCAGGAACAUGGUACUGAUUGCUAUCAUUUUCACACUAGGCAAGAGGCAAAAAAUAAUAAUUUUAAGAGAGUACAUGAAAAUUCUCAUUUCAGUUUACAUCCAGGUGAAAUCAACUUUCAUCAUACCUCUAUGUGAAAAAAAUGAUAUCUCAUGAGAGAGCUUUAUCGUGUGAUUAUUACAAUGUGCAAUUAUUAUGGUAGCAAGAAUGAGGAUUAUUUUUAAUAUUCGUCUGAUUCUUAGAUAGGAUUCUUGGACUUUUAUAAUUUAAAAAUCUUUACUUCUAUGAUGUAAAUAGCAAAAGAAAGGUUUGCGGAAAAUAUUUAUUAAUUUUAUAAUGAAAUAUAAAACACCACAGUGUAACACGAAUUUGU